GAUAAAAAAUAAUAUGAUCAUAUUUAAUAAACCAAAUAUUACUCCAAUAGUAUUUGAAAUGAUAUUAAAAUAUAUUUACAUGGGUGAAAUUGAUUUUACAAAACAGACAGGUGAUAAUAUUCUUGAACUUUUAAUUGCGUCUGAUGAAUUAUUACUCGAAGAAUUAUUUAAAUGUGCUCAAGAUUAUUUGAUUCAUUUAAUUGAAAAACAACAAAAUUGGUUUCGAAGAAAUUUUAUCUUUAUUGUUAACACUGUAUUUAAGCUUACAGGUUGUAAAAAAUUACAAGAUUAUUGUCUUGAAUCCAUUUGUGCGGAUCCAUUACCAUUUAUUACCUCAAAAAAUUUUCCUUCAUUGGAUGAAGACGUUCUUUAUUGUUUACUUAAACGGGAUGAUUUACAUGUUGAAGAAAUUGUUGCUUGGGAUUGUUUAAUUAAAUGGGGUAUUGAACAAACUGGUUUAAGUAAUAAUCGAGCUAAAUGGGAUAAUGAAGAUUAUGAAGCGUUAAAGAAAACUUUGAAUCAAUUAAUUCCUCUUAUUAGAUUUAUUGAACUUUAUCCCGAUUUUUUUGAUAAAAUCCGUCCUUAUAAGGCUAUUAUUCCUAUUAAUAUUUAUAAGGAAGUUGAAGAAAGUUAUCAUAAAGGUACAUUACCAAAAAAUACUUUUUUAUCACCUAGAGCAGGAAAGAUUAAAUCAGAAAUUAUUAAACCAAAAGUUGCAAAAAUAAUUAUUAAUUGGAUUGAUAAAAAAAAUUCCAAUUAUAAUAGAAAUGUAAUAGAUUCACAAUAUAGGUUUAACCUUAUUUAUCGUGGUAGUCGUGAUGGAAU